AUGGAUUUCCUUCGGGCUUGUGUCCUUUUCGCCGCUCUCUUCGGUCUCGUUAAGGCUUUUACGCAUCAGGAUAUGAAGGACGCACUGCUACAGAAGCUUGGGUUGGAUGAAGUUCCUAGAAUCCAUAAAAGGGAUGUGGAAAAUCUGGUGAUUCCGGCGCAUAUAAGAAAUAAGUACAUGACCAUGCUGAAGAUGCACCACAGCAGGAGGCGCAGAUCUUUGCCCAGUCUUGCGGGCAUCCUGAAAGGAAUCCCCGGCAAUGCAGAUAUUUCCGGGGAGUACGUCUACUCUGACACCACUCGGCAACGCGUGAUGUUCGACAUGGAGGCGAGGAUCCCGGAUAAUAGUGAGGUGACCAUGGCCGAGCUGAAGCUCUACCAGCGGGCUUCCCACCACAAACGAUUCACGGUGGAGAGGAAGAGCCACCGGCUCGUCAACAACGCCAGGGUCAGCAUCUACUGGGUGGAGGCGCUGCCCAACGGAUCCAACCGGACGUCGCUGGUAGAUUCGCGGUUGAUCCCCAUUCACGAGACAGGCUGGAAGAGCUUUGAUGUCACCCAGGCGGUGCACUAUUGGUCCAAGACACAGCAGAAGACACCUAUGCACCUGGAGGUGUGGAUCGAGGGCGAGAGACCUGGCAGUUAUGCGGCAGAGAUGGCCAAGAGUGUCCGCUUUACCACCCAGGAGCAGACGGACAACACCUUGGGAAAGCCCGAGCUCGUCCUCUACACACUCAACCUCGAAGAGUACGGCUCUCGCGGUGACUGCGACAACCAAAACAAAGACACCUGCUGCAGAGAGGAGUACUUCAUCAACUUCCGCGCACUGACAUGGACACAGUACUGGAUCAUUGAGCCGGCUGGGUACCAGGCUUUCAGGUGCACCGGUGGCUGCAAGCAGCCCAAGCGCAACUUCGGGUACGGCGAGCGGCGGUGCACGGUGUCCGAGAGUGCGCCUUUACCCAUCAUGUACCUGGUGAAGAAAGGGGACUACACCGAGAUAGAGGUGGCUGAAUUUCCCAAUAUGAUCGUAGAAAGGUGCGCGUGCACUGUGGACAACAUCUCGAUAGUAUGAAGUCACGGGAAAGGCUCGUAAGAAUCCAGACUGGGGGCGGGGAUGUAUUAUGAGUACACGUGUGGUGUUGUUUUCAAUGAAGUGUUGAUAUAUUUAAUGCACACCUAAUACUUUAUAUUUAAAAGGACAUUUACCCGGAGU